UCUGUGGUAGCAGGCAGUUCAGAUUACAAGAAAACAGAAAGAAAAACAAAGACUGUGGUUUUAAAGAAGUCUGCUGUUGUUUCUGUCCUGCUGAAGAAGUUAAGUACAGAUGAAAAACUAAGAGCAAUUCAGAGCCCUGACAGCUGCUGUUUCUAUAGGAGCUAAAUCUGUCCUACCAAAACUUGGGUGAUCCCUACCAGAGGGAGAACUUUUUCCGCAUCCUCCGACGGUUGAUCCGCGUGGAGAUAUUACAGCUGAUUGACAACUCACUCACCGACCUGAGUUCAGUACGUUUGCCAAGGUAACGUCUACACUUGUGAGAAUGCAUACCAAAUCCAUUGUCUAAAUAUGAAACACCUAAUUUGGUCUCCCAAUAAAUCAGGGUUUUUGACAAUGUUAUGGUUUUAAAUUCCUGUAUGGAAUGCACUCAGUUCUUUAAAUGGAAUAAAAACGUUUUCUCAAGAGGUAAUAUAGACCUGCCUCAGCCUGUGCAUCCGCUCCUUCUCCUCCUUCUUCAGGCUGUAGGUUGCAUCUGUGUGUGUUUGCUCAGCUGUGAUACAAAUGUUCCCCAGAUGGUGUUCCUGGCAGCUGGUGAAACUCGAUUGGCACUCCUUUAAGUGGUUUAAAUGAAGGUGUAAUUAAAGAAAACAGCUUGAGGAACUUUUUCAUGCUUCUAGAUCAAAGCUGAAACCAUAUUAGGCUCUGAUGAUGCUGCGUAUUUACCAGGACUGCCCGUAUUUUUCUUUUAUCCUGCUGUUUAUUAAAAAUUAUACCUGCUCAAGUUUUCUGCUUUGGUUUUGUCAAUCCCUGCCUGCUUAUCUUUAAGAAAGUUGAAUCACCUGCACAUCAGAAACUGAGUUCCCCUUUCAUAUUCUUCCACAAAUUAUCUUGUUUUCCGGGUAAUUUUAAGACCCCUUUAUGAAUUAUGAUGAAGCCUUAGUAAUAACAAAAAGUGCUACUGGUUUCUGCCCAAGCAGGUGCAAAAUGCUAAACCUGCAUCGUAACCACCUGGUGUGUCUGCGUCAGCUGCCAAAGCUCCCAGCAGUGGAGCACCUCUGUUUGUCGGAGAACGCCAUCAGCUCCCUGCGGGGACUGGGGGCUCUGGGGAGCAGCCCACUGCGCUCCCUUAACCUGACCCGCAACCCAGUGACCUUCAGUCGGGACUACCGUGCACAUGUUUUCUCCUGUUUGCCAAACCUGGAGGUCUUGGACGGCAUUCCCAAGCUCCCAGGAGACUCGCUGCCCCUCCGGGUGAAGGGACCGGAAUCCAGCAGGAUGUGUAUCAUUUUAUGACUCUCUUUGAGGGAGGAUGAAAAUAGACUUAUUUCUGGUAUUCACUUCGGCAUCGCUUUUAUCCUGCAAAACAACAACAACAUCGAGGAGGCCCGUUUUUAGUUUGAAGGAAAACCAGCUGGGUAACAUUUUCUACAUUUACUGAGAUUGUCAAAAGCUGCUUGUGAAAAGCUUGAUAAUAAUAUGCAAACUUGAACUGUGUUAAUAUUGAGUUUUGCUUAUAUUUUGUAAGUCAGAUACUUUGUACAUAAUAAAGAUAUUUUGAUAAAUACAAAA